GGCCCAAGUGGGGGCUUAGAGCCACAGCUAUGCUUGGGAUGGGUGGUGGGCGUGACGUUGCCAUGGCAGCCACCUUGGGCUAGAAGGGGGUCUGUCCUUGUCCAAAGCAGGACCAAGCCUGGCUGGGGAGCUUUCACUGCUGGUGUAACUCCAUGAUCUUCACUUCUGCCUGUGUAACCGAGUGUCAGUCACCCCAGUGUGUAAGCGUAGAGGGGCAGAACUGUCAGAAUGAUAAUGUGUAGAUCUUCCUGACGGGCUGGACUCAGCAGCUGCAGGAAUGAGUCAUUCUCCCAGGUGCUUCGAAGCUGUGCAAACUGACGAAAUGCUUUGUGGAAUUAUCUAUCUUUGCACAGAUAAGGAUUGCUUUUUUCUGGAUGUAGUAAGCAAACCCAAGGCAGCAGUGCACGUGCUAAGGAGGAGAAUCCAUGGGGAGAACGUGUAGGCUGGGUUUCAGUGCACAGAUCAAAGCUGGGCACCCUCCGGGCGCGCCUGUCUCAGCUGGGGAUUCACACGUGCAGAGCGAGGACCGAGUGUCGCUGGACAUGAGAUCGGGCCCGGGACACCCACACAGAUGAGACCGUCGCCCUGAAGAAGGUGCGGAUGGACAAGGAGAAAGACGGCAUCCCCAUCAGCAGCCUGCGGGAGAUCACACUGCUCCUGCGCCUGCGCCACCCCAAUGUCGUGGAGCUGAAGGAGGUGGUGGUAGGGAACCACCUGGAGAGCAUCUUCCUGGUGAUGGGUUACUGUGAGCAGGACCUGGCCAGCCUCCUGGAAAACAUGCCCACGCCCUUCUCCGAGGCCCAGGUCAAGUGUAUUGUGCUGCAAGUGCUCCGGGGCCUCCAGUACCUGCACAGGAACUUCAUCAUCCACAGGGACCUGAAGGUCUCCAACCUGCUCAUGACUGACAAGGGCUGUGUGAAGACAGCUGAUUUUGGCCUGGCCCGGGCCUAUGGUGUCCCAGUAAAGCCAAUGACUCCCAAGGUGGUCACUCUGUGGUACCGUGCCCCUGAGCUGCUUUUGGGAACCACGACCCAGACUACCAGCAUUGACAUGUGGGCCGUGGGCUGCAUCCUGGCUGAGCUGUUGGCCCACAAGCCCCUGCUCCCUGGCACAUCUGAGAUUCACCAGGUUGACCUGAUCGUGCAGCUGCUGGGGACGCCUAGCGAGAACAUCUGGCCGGGCUUUUCCAAACUGCCGCUGGUCAGCCAGUACAGCCUGAGGAAGCAGCCAUACAACAACCUCAAGCACAAGUUCCCAUGGCUUUCAGAGGCUGGGCUGCGUCUGCUGAAUUUCCUCUUCAUGUAUGAUCCUAAGAAAAGGGCAACAGCGGGGGACUGCUUGGAGAGCUCUUAUUUCAAGGAGAAGCCCCUGCCCUGUGAGCCGGAGCUCAUGCCCACCUUCCCUCACCACCGUAAUAAGCGGGCUGCCCUGGGCAUGGCGGAAGGCCAGAGCAAGCGGUGCAAGCCCUGAUGGUGGCCACAUGCUGACUCCAGAUCAGAGGUGUCCUGGGAUCCAGCUCGUCCACACAGACAAGCCCCAGGGCUCUUCUGCCCAGCACCUGGCAGGGCAUGGACCGUGGGGUAUGGGAGCGCUAGGCUGCUGUGCCACCCAGGCCUGUUAAAGCUGCUGCAUGGUACCCAUGGAGAAUGCUGUCACUGGGUUGUACCCUGGCCCAGGAUCAGCACGGUCUUUGGGGUCCCCUAGGGCGUGAAUAGGCUCUGACGACCCCAGGUGGGAUGGUGGGAGGGGAUACCACUGAGAUGCUAGGGAGAAGGGUGGACUCCCAUCCUGGGGCU